AUGGAGCAGAAUCGCAACGAUGGCGUCUUAUCGCUAGACCAGAUGCCCGACGAGAUCAUCGGCCAUCUUCUUUACUAUCUCUCGCCUCACGACAACCUUUACAACGUCCAGUUGGUGUCUCAUCGCUUCUAUCGCCUUGCCAAUGAACCCCUUCUAUGGAGACACCACUGCCGCAGCUCUUUCAAGUACUGGAACCCGCGGCACAAGUUUCACAAGAGGGCGGCGGCACUGGCUCAAGAGACGGACUGGAAAGAGCUUUUCAUCUUCAGAAGCGCUCGCAACCAGCAAGUAUCUGCUUUGUUAGAUGAGAUCAUCCGGACCAAGGUCAACCGCGUAAGGGGCUUCGAAAUCAUAGGCCAGAUCGGGUACGAUGCCAAAGAUUUUCUUCUGGGGCAAUGUCAAACAUCUCCUUCUGCCGAAGAUGGCUUGGCCAGAAGAUACUAUAGCAAUGCGCUCUUGGACACGAUCCACAAACAUAUUGCUAUUCAAGAAUGGCAGUCGCUUAUGCUGUCUCCCCAGCCGUCUAGCGUACGACUAGCAGGAGAGCAGCUUGAAAGAGCUCUUGGCGCGUUUGACCUAUUCGUGCUGCAUGAUCAGCGUGGUGAUCUUGAUGAUAUCACACUGAUGUUUGAUGAGAUUACGGCUUCUUUUCGAUCUUCUCAUCCAAAGUUUCAAAACUGGUCAACUCGCAGAAAGGCACUGAAGUUGCUCCGCUGGCUUCGCGAACAUAAUUUCACUGGAGUACAGAAUCCAGAGAGGAACUAUCGCAACUUGAGAAACUGCUUAAUCGGCCAAGCUUUGCGUCAUCCAGACCACGAGUCUAUUCCGAUCAUUUCUACCGCCAUCUUCUGCUGCGUGGCAUCGCGACUCGAUAUCGAUGCCAGGUGCUGCGCGUUUCCAACUCAUGUACAUGCUAUAGUGUACUCGCCAGCUGGACAUGCUUUGGAUGGUGAAAUUGUGGAGGAUUUGAAAGCACAGCCUCAGUGCAUGUUCCUCGAUCCGUAUGGGAGCGAUUACGAAAUUGAAUUGCAGUAUCUCCAAAUGACGUUGACCCGGUUAGGUUUGCGGGAACAUGCCGCACUGUUUCUUGCCUCCGUACCAGCAUCAACAAUGGCUUUGCGGACAGCACAGAAUAUCAGAGCUACCCUGGCGAGGAUAUCAGACAUGCAAGACCACGCACAUCCUGAGCUUAGCCAACUUAUGCACGGAGACAGUAGAAUGAAUGCCGAUGCCUGUCUUUACGCUGCUUCGUGGGCUACACUAUUGUUGACCCCUCCGAACAACACCACGUGGCUCGAGCGAUUGGCGAAAUUCCUACGUCGAUUCCCCGGGGCCUGGCCCGAGGAUGUAUGGAUGGUUGAAAAGUACCUGUGGCCGCUGUUUAGUAGUGUCGUCAACCCGAGAGACGGAUUCCCUCGCAACGUCGACGCUGGUUUUGGCAACCCCUGGCAGUUUUGGCAGUUUGUACGAGAUGCUGAUGGCAUGGCCCCGCUUGUACACCGAAGAGACCUCUGCGAUGAUCCGAGGGGACCGCCGUUCAAGGUCGGCCAAGUUUUCCGGCAUCGCCGAUAUGGCUGGCUUGGCGCUAUUACCAGCUGGCAUGAAAGGGGCUCUCAACAAGCAAGCGCACAAGAACAGUCUCGUGAGGAUUCACUCCAGUACAUUCACAACCCCAGGCCAACCAGCUCUCAUUACUCACUCUGCUUUAUGUGCAUAACCGAAACGGAGCCCGAACAACAUGUGGUGGCCCUGCGUAAUGUCGAACUCGUCUCUGACCCUUCCGUCGUUCAAGAGGGCAUGUUUCCCUUGGCCGGGAAGUUCUUCAAGAGAUUUGACGCCGAUACCUGCAGGUUUAUUUCCAAUAUUCGAGAGGAGUUCCCACUCGAUUAG